AUGGAGGUGAAUGAGCAAAGAGAAGAACUGAAUGAAGAGAAAGAAGAACAAAAAAACAAAACAACACAUCUGCACAGCUGUCCUCAGUGUGGAAAGACUUUCAGAAGAAAAACGAACCUGAACAUGCACAGAAAGACUCACACUGGAGAGAAACCGUACACCUGUACUGAAUGUGGAAAGAGUUUCUCACAGCUGGACAGUUAUAAACAGCACCAGAAAACACAUGAAGACAACAGAGAUCAUGAGUGUUUGCAGUGUGGGAAGAGCUUUACUAGAGCUGACAGUCUGAAACGACACCAAAUGAUUCACACUGGAGAAAAACAUCACAAGUGCUCAUAUUGUGAGAAGAGUUUCAGUCGUUCAGGACACUUGAGAAGACACGAGCGAAUUCACACUGGAGAAAAGCCAUUUACCUGUACUCAGUGUGGUCAUGAUUUUAGAUCAUCAUCAAAUCUGAAACUACACAUGAGAAUUCACACAAAUGAGAAGCCUUAUGCAUGUCUGUUCUGUGAAAAGAGAUUUUCACAACUGGAUAAUUGUAAACAGCACCAGAAAACACACACUGACGAGAGAGAUCAUGUGUGUUUGGAGUGUGGGAAGAGCUUUAAUAGAGCUGGUUAUCUGAAACAGCACCAAAGGAUUCACACUGGAGAAAAACCUCACAAGUGCUCAUAUUGUGAGAAGAGUUUCAUUCGGUCUUCACAGCUGAAAUCACAUGAGCGAAUUCACACUGGAGAGAUGCCGUAUUGCUGUCCUCCAUGUCAGAAGAGUUUUAGAUGGUCAAAAGAUCUCCUCUAUCAUAUGAACAAAUGCAAGUCGUCUCAGUGA